AUGUCCUGCCAGCAGAGCCAGCAGCAGUGCCAGCCACCUCCCAAGUGCACCCCCAAGUGCCCUCCCAAGUGCCAGACCCCAAAGUGCCCCCCAAAGUGUCCCCCUAAGUGCCCUCCUGCCCCUUCCUGCUGUAGCCUUGGUUCUGGGGGCUGCUGUAGCUCUGGGGGUGGCGGCUGCUGCCUGAGCCACCACAGGCCCCACAGAUCUCUUUUUCACCGACAUCAGAGCUCUGGAUGCUGUAGCAGUGGAGGCAGCAGUGGAUGCUGUGGCACCAGUGGGGGCAGCGGUGGAUGCUGUGGCAGUGGAGGCAGCAGUGGAUGCUGUGGCACCAGUGGGGGCAGCAGUGGAUGCUGUGGCAGCAGUGGCAGCAGCUGUGGCAGUGACCAGCAGUCUGGGGGCUGCUGCUGA